GAUCUUCCCAUCCACCACUCACUUUUCAUCCUUGACAAAAGAACUCCCCCCACUCAAUUCCGCUCUACACCCCAGAUAGCAGUACCUUCCUCAACCCCCCUCUCAAUUCCUCUCUGCUCUGGUCCAUUAUUCUACUGGCCAUCACCAUGAUUCUCGAAGCAUUGGGCUUGCUCGCCCUCGCCUACCUAGCAUGGAGCAUGGUGACGAUGGAAAUCAACUACCGUCGUGCUUCCAGCAUGGGGAUCCCCUUGGUGCGCCUCUAUAUCGACCCUCAAAAUGUCCUCUGGAUGGUCUUCGAACCCAUUAUCUGGCCCUGGCUGAACAAACUCCCUAUCAAUUGGCGCAAUUACAGCUUCGGUCGCUACUCGCGCCGGGGCUGGUACUUUGCCGAUCGCGGCGAGUCUCAUAAACGCUACGGUCCCAUGUGGGCGCUGGUCACCCCUCGCGAUAUCUACAUCAAUGUCGCCGAUCCAAAUGCAAUUCAUGAUAUUUUCCAACGGCGUACGGACUUCAUCCGACCCAGUCAAAUGUACAAGGUACUGGAGGUGUACGGACCAUGCAUCUCGACAGCAAGCUGGAAUGAUUGGCCGCGGCACCGAAAGGUCCUAGCCACGCCGUUCAACGAAAACGCCAUGUCCUUUGUAUGGGACGAGAGUGUGGAACAGGCACGCCAGAUGCUGCAGGUUUGGGACUCUUCUGCGGAUGGUCACAUUCCUAGUGUUGCAAAGGAUCCGCGGACCCUCUCGUUGAACGUCCUUGCCGCCACGGGAUUCCGCAAGUCGUUCCCUUUCCAGAGUGCCAAAGAUCACAAAGUGAAGUCCGAAUCCCCUGCCACUUCGGAAGAUGAAUCAGAGGGAUAUCGCGACGCGCUUCAGACCGUGCUGGAUAACUGUAUCCUCCUGAUGGUGAUGCCUCGCAAACUACUCACUCUGCCUUUUGCUCCCGAGUCAUGGCAUCAUCUUGGCAAAGCAGCCACCGAUUUCAAGAACUAUAUGGUCCAAAUGCUGAACGAAGAAACCAAAGCAUUGAACACCGGAAGUUCGGGGAGCGGAGGCCUGAUGACUUCAUUUGUUCGCGCCAUGGACCUGAAGCAGAAGGUGGAUGAGGAGGGGAAAACAAAGACAAGUGGCUCACCACCCAAAGGGCUGACGGUGGAUGAGAUUUUCGGGAACAUAUUCGUUAUCAACUUUGCAGGGCAUGAUACAACCGCCAAUACCUUGAGCUUUGGCUUGCUUCUACUUGCCGCGUAUCCAGAAGUUCAAGACUGGGUGGCUGAGGAGCUAGACGGGCUUGAUGAAGACAAUAUCAAGGAACACUACGGUGAAUUGUUUCCACGGCUGCUUCGUUGUCGCGCUGUCUUGCUUGAAACCCUCCGCCUCUUCCCACCAAUUGUAUCCCUCCCGAAAUGGACCAACGACGAGCCCCAAUCACUCAGAUUGGGCGACAGAGACAUCAUGAUCCCUCCUCACGUUGGAGUCCACCCCAGUCUUCUUGACAUGCACAUCCAUCCCCAAUAUUGGGAGGACCCCUUGACAUGGAAACCGUCCCGCUGGAUAACCAAAUCUGCCUCUGGCGAUGCCUCGGAGGCAAUCAUCACCCCAUCCCGCUCUACUUAUUUCCCAUGGUCGGACGGACCUCAAAACUGCCCCGGGAACAAGUUUUCCCAAGUUGAAUUUGUGGCUGUCAUGGCGGCUCUCCUCCGGAGUCAUCGGGUGCACCCAGUUGCCAACCCUGGCGAAAGCCCCAAGGAGACACGCGCGAGGGUCUUGGCGACCACGCAAGACGUGGAUUUGCAAUUGCUCCUGCGCAUGACGAACGCUGAUCAGGUGCGUUUGGCGUGUUCUCGGGUGGCCAAAACUUCACCUAUCUAGGUAAAAGUUGUGGGGGUGGUGUAAUUGAAGAUAAAUGUUAUACUGUAUCGCUGCGGUGUGGUUUUGUUGCAGGUAUUUUCGGGCCCUAAUGUAUCAUAUAUCAAGGUAAUGUUGUAUGGGGUAUGUUAUUACAUUAUUAUAUAUGGGGGAAAUUUUGACUGAUACAAUUGAGCACUUGAGGAGCUUGAAGUUCAAUGUCUUCUCCAAAUGAAUACCACCAAGACAGACUGGUGUGUCCUACAAGAAUGUUUUCAAGGACUGUGAUUAUAUAUUUUUCUCAAAGUAGAUCCUAAUAUUUGCUCACCGGGA